ACAUAUAACAGGGAAAUAUGUUAUUAUUUAUAUAUUGUAAUCAUCUACAGAAACACGUUUUCUAAUAGUGUAUUGUAUGUCCUUGCAUUUUUGUUCUCAUAUUUUUGCUAAAACCCAAUAAUUGAAAACAAGAAAGUGCCUUUAUGGUACUGUUCUGAACUAGAAGGUUUUAAUUUCAGGGCCACUAGGAGAGUUUCCACCACAUUCUUUUAAAAAAAAUGUCUUCAGACCUAACAAAUGAUAACAUCUAUUGUUAUGAAUGUUUUUCCUUCCACAGUGUGGCCUUGGAGAUAUAUUAUCUUAUCAAGAAAAGAGAUGAAAAUAGAACUUUGGAAAUAUUUGAUGAACGUAUAUUCCCACUUCACCGAGGACAGGUUCUGGAAGAACACUUUAUGUUUGAUCCUACACACAAAGUGAUUUGCAGAUUUAUGCUUACUCUGUUUUGUAUCAAAAGGCUAGAUGCUGACUUAGCAAUCAUAAGUUUGGUAUACGUAAAAAGACUUGUAAAGUGUGCUAAUAUCAACAUUUGUCCAUCCAACUGGAAGAGGAUUAUCUUCGGAGCCAUUCUUCUUGCCAUCAAGUUUGGGAGCAAUGUGGCUGUGUGCAAUAAAGACUUAUGCAAGCACUUUGAGAAAAUUACAGUUGACCAUAUGUGAGUUUGUACAGUUUUUUUGAACUUUUUAACCAUUCUUGAAUACUUUAUUUGCUCCCAUAAACUUAAACACUUUGAGAAAUACUUUUAAAGAUUACAUUAUGCAGAUAAUAAGAAUGGGCAUAAAUACCACAUACUCUUUCUCCCCAGCUUUAGAAGAACAGUUCAUAUUUUUCACUAUUCAUUGGUAGGUCUUGGUAAAUUGCCAUUGUAAUGAUCUCAUAAAUGGAAAAGUAUUUUUCUGGUGAAUGUUUUUGGCAAAUAUCUUACCAGUGUACAAUGAGAAACAUAAUAGUACAGUCAAUUUGCUUACGGCUUUUACAAGCUGCCUGCAAGUUCUAGUCUCUUUGUGAGGAGCGCCUCUCUGGCCUUUGAAAUAAUUGUUUGCCCAUUGACAGGUCUGGGGCCUCUGCAUUGUGAAGUAUAGCUUCACCCUGAGCCAUACAUUGUGUAUUUGCAUUUGUUGCUGUCCUCCCACUUUUCUCUGAAGACCCAUUUUAUAGAAACCUUGAGAUACAGAAUAGCCACAGUUCCCUGUGCCCCUGUCCUCUCCCCAUUAGGAGUGUUGCAUCACUGGGCUGAUGAGUUAGUGU